AAACCGCAGCAAACACUGGUCUAUACCCACAACCCCUGUACCUGCCUGGAGGGUUCACAGGGGCAAAGCCUCUGUCUGUCCCUUCCCCACCCCUCAGCUGCCUGCAUGCUUCCCAGAUCAGGAACUGAACUUCUGUGAACAUUACUCAGCGAUUGCCAGUUUCCAACUCUACCCAAUCUCAGCUCAUUUUCUCCAAGCAAUACGACUUCGCGGACGGCAACCUUAGCAAGCCCGACUCUCUUCCACUAUGGACCUCCCAGGCUGCAGCUGCCGCGCGCCUCCUGCCUUUCUGUGAGGCCGCCCUUCUGCCCAGCCGCGAGGAAAAAAGCGCGAAAAAGACAGCGGCGGCAACGAGGGCUCUGGUUCCUUCCCGUCAGCAGGCAGCGCUCAGCUAAGCCGCCGUCUGUCCUCCCGCCCGCCAGCCGGCCGCCCCCCUUGGACUCCGCGGCUGGCGGCGGGCCCUGCGGCACAAUGCCCGGGCGGCGGCUGUGGUGGCGGCGGGGGGCGCUAGCCGAGCCCGCGGGCAGCUACUCCUGCCUGGCAGCGGCGCUGGCAAUUCUACUCUUCGUCCUACCCGCGAGCUACCCCGUGGUGGGCGCGCAGAACGACACGGAGCCCAUCGUGCUGGAGGGCAAGUGCCUGGUGGUGUGCGACUCCAGCCCGUCGGCCGACGGCGCCAUCACCUCGUCGCUCGGCAUCUCGGUGCGCUCCGGCAGCGCCAAGGUGGCUUUCUCGGCCACGCGCAGCACCAACCACGAGCCGUCCGAGAUGAGCAACCGCACCAUGACCAUCUACUUCGACCAGGUAUUAGUUAAUAUUGGCAACCAUUUUGACCUGGCUUCCAGUAUAUUUGUAGCACCAAGAAAAGGGAUUUAUAGUUUCAGUUUCCAUGUUGUGAAAGUAUAUAAUAGACAAACGAUCCAGGUAAGUUUAAUGCAAAAUGGCUAUCCAGUGAUUUCAGCUUUUGCUGGGGACCAAGAUGUCACCAGAGAAGCAGCCAGCAAUGGGGUCUUGCUCCUUAUGGAAAGAGAAGACAAAGUGCAUCUCAAACUGGAGAGGGGAAACCUCAUGGGCGGGUGGAAAUACUCGACGUUUUCUGGCUUCUUAGUCUUUCCACUAUAAAGGGAAGUCUAGGAGAAGCCUGAUCUGCAACCUGGAACAAGGAUCCAGUCAUUAAAAAAAAACAAAAAACCCUCCUUCUUCCCUCCCAGAACUUGGCUAGACAUGCCAGUAAUUCCAACCACCCAAUCAGACUGCCAUGAUAGAAGAACGAGAAACCUUCUUGAUGCCACUCCUUGAUUUGACUCUUGACAGUUCCUUGGGAAACCUACGGCUCUGAUUAGUUUUAGAUGACAGUGAUCUUUAACAGAAAUGCAAUUAUCAACCUGAGCGAUUUGUAUCUGUGAUUGUAAAGUCAACUUUGGAUUUUAUUGUUGGGAUCAUUGACUUUCCCCACCUUGCUCUUUCUGUUGUUGUCCUGAAGAGGCAAGUUAACUGGGACCACAUUACUGCUUGUCCAGGGCUUUCCUCAAAGCCAGAAGAAUCUGACAUCUGAUGAAGUGUUCUUGCAAUGCUUUCUUUUUUUGUGUUUGUAUAGCCUUAAACAAAGACCAAGACAAAAAUAAGAAUGGCUUCAAUUUCAAACAUGUAUCUUCUGAGGGAGGGAAAUUUUUGGACAUUACUGUGUCAAGAAGUGCUUUAUCCAGUGAAGCAAAUUUUGCACGAUUGGAAACUAUUUUGUUUUGUGUUACUAGUGUUUUUCAUCAUCAUUCUUUCCCUUUUCUGACUCUUUUUUGUGCUAAAGAAGCAAGCUAGGUUGAUCAAUAAGAGAAAACAAGCACAUAUAUAUCUUGUAGCUCGCAGUGAAAUUAACCAGUUGACAGUUCUGAUGACACUAUCCAGCUGAUCUAAUAGAAACAUUCAUUGAGAUUGAGGAAGACAGUGCACAAUCUGAUCCUGAGUUACAAUCUGGAACCUUCAAAGAGACUGACAUUUCUGAUGUGGCCUGACAUUUCCAGAAGCUGUUCCAGAAAGCUGUGAAUAUCUUGUCUGAACAUACUAUAACAUAAUAGGAUUUCUUUGCAUUGUUGGGAGUUCUUUGGUGCUUUCCUGGUCUUUAUUUGAUGGAUUUGAUUACUAAUGCUUGAACACCCAGUGGUUUGGCCUCUUUAAGUGCUCCAACAAGUUACCUUCCCUCCAGUUUAGGUAAAAAACAGAUUCACGACAAACCUAUUCGAAUCAAACAUAUAUCAACAGUUGUUGUUAGUAUGUGUGACAGAAUCAGGGAUGUUGAAAUCCUGACGCUGUGAAAGCUUACUAAGGUUUCUGUGGUAACUAUGAAUACAACAUAAAAUGUAUAUUUAAUUUAUUUUUUGUUGAUGCUUCCCCUAUUAGCAUCCAAAGACUUUCAAGUACAGUUUUAAUCCAAUACUGUACACCAGAAAGGUCAUUGAUUCCAAAUGAUAAAAGAAGAGACCUCAGGUUGAAUUCAAAUUCACCUUCUAUGUGUCAAUGUAACCAAAAUGCUGAUGAACUUUAGAUUCAGAAUAAAUGGGUUUCAUGUCCAA